AUGUUGCAGGUGGUGAUGGGCUCUCUGAAGGGCACCGGCCCCCUCUUUCUGGCAUUGCUGGUGGCCUGCCUGCUCCUGUGCGCCUCAAGCCAAGGCCCGCGCUACCAGAAUUUCCUGUGGCAGCACCAUGACAACCCGCGGACCGACGCCGGGCGGGAUUACUGUGGGGUCAUGAUGCAGAGCCGGGGCAUGGCCCGACCCUGCAAAGACAUCAACACUUUCAUCCACGCAUCCUUGGCCCAGAUCCGGAGCGUGUGCAGAGACGGGGGCACGCUCUACCAGGGCAUGCUCUACCAGCGUCGCAGCAAGAGGCCGCUGGCCGUUACCACCUGCGAGCUGAAGAGGACGCAGGGUGCCCGGUGCAUCUACCGCAGCCAUGCGGCCUCCAGGUACAUUGUCAUUGGCUGCAACCAUGGCAUGUGGCCAGUGCAAUAUAACGAGAAAGCAUGA